AUGCCUGACAUUCGCUCGUUUUUCACCCCGAAAGGUGGCGCUGUCGCGGCCCCCGUGAAAGCUGAGCCGCCCAGCCAGAAGCCGCCCGAUAAUAAAAGGAGAAAAGUUAGCCGCAAGGUAGUUGAGGAUAGUGACGACGAAGAGGUCGUCGAGAAGAAACCCGCUGUCAAGCCUACACCGAAGCGCACCAAGAAGAAGGCCGAAGAUGAGGGCGUCGAGAUAUCGACUACGGACUACUUCACAUCCAACAAGACGCAGCAAAGCACCAAGCAGGCCACACCUAAGAAGUCCAAAGCUGCUACAACCAAGCCCGAUGUCCCAGUGAGAAGCAGUCCCCGAUCAAAAGUGACUGCUGCAAAACCAGCUGCGCCGUCCAACGAUAAACCAGCGCCAAAGCGAACGACCAAGGCUUCGCACAGACAGACACGAGACGACGACGACGAUGCAUACAUGGAAGACGCUGAUGAGGAUGGUGACGACAUAUUUGCUGCCGAUAUCAAGGCCCGCGGCAAGGGAGAUGACGACUACCAGGAGGACUCUGACGAAGACUUGCUCCCUCAGCCGUCGCGUACGACAUCCAGAGCGAAACAGACUCAGGAGACCAAGCCCGGCCGUGCUACCGCAGCGAGGAAAAAGCGAAAGACUCCUGAGCUAGACUCAGAUGACGAAGAAGAGGAAGAACUCCCGCGAAAGAAGCCUACGGCCUCAAAGCCUCGUGCGCCCCGGGCUAAAAAAGCCGACGAACCCGAAGAUGCUUCAAUCCAGAAUAUUCUAGAUAGCGUUGCUACAGUGCGGCCUCCAACUCCACCCCCAAAGGACCCAAAUGUCAAGUUUGAUUGGCGAAAAGCUGCAGGAGGUGGAAAUGCGACUGUGCAGCCUGUAGGCAGCGCCGACAUCCCCGAGGGCGAAGAAGAAUGCUUGAGCGGCCUUUCCUUUGUAUUCACCGGUGUUUUGCGCACAAUCGGUCGAGACGAGGGCCAGGCACUCGUGAAACGUUAUGGCGGAAAAGUUACUGGCCAGCCCAGCAGCAAAACUAGCUUCGUCGUCCUCGGCGACGAUGCAGGCCCCAGCAAAUUGGCCAAAAUCAAGUCCUUCGGUAUCAGAACUAUUGACGAAAAUGGGUUGUUCGACUUAAUUCGAAAGCUUCCUGCUCACGGUGGAAGUGGCAAAGGAGCCCAGAAGGCUCAAGAAAAGAAAAAGGCCGAGGAAGAAAAGAUCAAACAGCAAAUCGCAGAGAUGGAAGCUGAGGAGAAGGCCAAAAGAGCCGCCGAGAUCAAGGCCGCCAAAGCAGCAGCCAGUAUACCGGGUGCAGCCCCCCCUCCGCCUCGUUCUGACACCCCUACACAGCUUCUCACCUCCAAAUAUGCUCCUACUCAACUGAACCACAUCUGCGGCAACAAGGGCCAAGUGGAAAAGAUCCAGGCCUGGCUGAGGAAUUGGCCAAAGGCCAAAAAAUACAAUUUUCAGAAGCGCGGUGCGGAUGGAAUGGGCGGCGAGCGAGCAAUCAUUAUUUCGGGACCCCCCGGUAUCGGGAAAACAACAGCAGCCCAUUUGGCUGCCAAGCUGGAAGGCUAUGACGUUCUUGAAAGCAACGCCAGUGAUGCCCGUAGCAAGAGACUAGUCGAAGCAGGUGUCACCGAUGUCAUGAACAACACUUCGUUACUAGGUUUCUUUGCAGGAGACGGGAAAAGCGUGGACAUCACAAAAAAGAAGAUUGUGCUCAUUAUGGAUGAGGUAGACGGUAUGUCUGGUGGCGAUAGAGGAGGUGUUGGCGCAAUGGCCAAAUUUUGCAAGAAGACUGAAAUCCCCUUGAUUCUCAUCUGCAACGAGCGACGUCUACCGAAGAUGAAACCUUUCGACCACGUUGCGUUUGACGUACGAUUCAACCGACCAACGGUGGACCAAGUGAGGUCACGCAUCAUGACAAUUUGCCAUCGCGAAGGCUUGAAGUUGCCACCCCCUGUUGUCGAUGCCUUGAUUGAGGGGAGCAACAAGGAUAUCAGACAAAUCAUCAACAUGAUUUCGACAGCAAAAUUGGACCAGACAAGCAUGAACUACGACCAGGGCAAAGCCAUGACCAAGGCCUGGGAAAAGCACGUUGUUCUCAAACCAUGGGAUAUCUGCCAGAAGAUGCUAGGUGGCGGGCUCUUUGCACCGGCUAGCAAGGCUACGCUCAAUGACAAAAUUGAGCUCUACUUCAACGACCAUGAUUUCAGCUUCCUCAUGAUUCAAGAGAAUUACCUCCGCACCAAACCAAUGGCGCUCAACGGCAAGGGUUACAACAAGCGAGAGGAGAAGCUCAAGACAUUGGAAUUAUUUGACCAGGCUGCGGAAAGUAUCAGUGACGGCGAUUUGGUCGACAGAAUGAUUCAUGGUCCUCAGCAGCACUGGAGUCUGAUGCCAACGCACGCCGUAUUCAGUACCGUUCGUCCCGCGAGCUUCAUCGCUGGCCAGCUCAUGGGUUCGACUUUCACCUCAUAUCUCGGAAAUCUCAGCAAAACUGGAAAGCUUGGAAGAUAUAUCCGCGAAAUCCAUUCUCACAUGCGCUUGAAGAGUUCUGGCGAUCACAAUGAAGUUCGCCAGCAAUACAUGCCCAUCCUCUGGAAGCAGCUCAUCGAUAAACUUCAGCUUGAAGGUUCGGAGGCUGUAUCAGAGGUCAUCGAUCUGAUGGACGCAUACUAUUUGACGCGUGAAGACUUUGAUGCUAUCCAAGAGCUUGGUGUUGGGUUCAUGGAUGAAAACAACGUCAAAAUUGAGACCAAGACCAAGGCUGCCUUUACACGAACAUAUAACGCCAUGAGCCAUCCGGUACCAUUCAUGAAGGCUAGUACGAAUGUUGUAGCGCCAAAGAAAUCAGCCAAAGACAUGCCGGAUCUGGAAGAAGCAAUCGAGGAAGAAGACGACGCCGAAUUGGUAGAAGCCCCCGUCGAAGAUGACGACGAAAUUGAUUUCAAAAAGGACAAGUAUAUCAAGCAGCCAAAGGCAAAGAAGGCAACCAAAAAAACAAAAGCAAAGGGGGAUGACGAAGAGGAUGAAAAGCCCAAGGCAAAAUCGAAGGCCAAGGCUAAAGCCAAGAAAUAG